GUGGAAAUCCUCCCAGAUCCAGUGCAUAUACCCUAUGUGGCAGGGGCGUUCACAACUGUGCUUCUAAAUUAAGACAUAGCCACUCUCUAAUUAUGGCAGUUCAUUUAAUUCUUACCAGCCUCUAGCACUGGUCCUAAGGAACUCUGAGCUUCUUCCAGAUUUCUUGAAUUUCUAGAUUUUCCUAAACUACUCUUUCUGAUCCUAAGACUAUUUUAACUCAGAGACAUCUUAAAUGUAAUUAUGAUUGAAAAUCAGGAGUAUACCGAAUUUGUUUGUUGUGCUGUUUGUAAUAAAAUAAUUCCACCAGCCCCCUUUGGGAAAACUUUCAAACGGAUCCAUGAAUACAAGCCAUUUAAGACACGCUUUUACACUCACAAAGAUAUACUAGGUAUCGGAGAAAAUAUUUUACAUGGAGAAGUGCAAUUUCAAGAGUCUUUCAUCAAAGAACUUAUUGCGAAAGCAGAAGCUGAGAUAUGGGCUCAGGCUGAUGAACGCCAAAAACAAGCAGUGGAGAAAGCACUUGAAGAAGCAAAUAGCAGACACAAAAUCAGAAUUCAAAUUCUGCAAGAGGAACAUGAAAAGCACUUAAAGGAAAUGGAAUUGAAAACCAAAAAGGAGGUUCGUGAAAACAUGAAGGAUGAACUGAAGAGGGAACACUUGGCUUCAGAACAACGCAUGGUCCACAGAAUCCAAAGGAUUUUGAUGGAGUGCCAGGAGGAGAAGAUCCUGGCUGUGGAAAAAGCUAGGACUGAAGAAAGAGCAAAGGCUCUGAGAACAAUUGAAGAUGAGAAAAGAAUAAUGAUGGAAGGACUCAUCAAUACCAAUCUGCAUCUUCAUAAGGAUGAAAAGAAUAUAAGCCAAUUGCUAAAGCAAAAAGAACGUGAAAUAAACAUCUACUAUUGCAUGGCUCAGAGGAGAAAGCAAGAAGAGGCUCAAGAAGUACUUCAAGAGGUAGAGAAAACACAUCAAACUUCACUUGGAAACGUGAUGAAUCAGUUGGCUGACACUCAAGGGGAGCUGCUGUCCGUAGAGAAACAACUGGGAAAUAUGACAAACUGGAAAGAUUUCCUGGAGGAGGAGCUGCAGGAAACAAGGGAGGCAUUUCAAAAAUACAUCAAUUACACAUUUCCCAAGCUUUCACCAGGACAUGCAGAUUUCAUUUUGCCAGAAAGAAAGCGAACACCAUCCAAUCUUAUCCUGGAGAACAAAACAACUGUCAGCUAGUCUUCAGUUGAAAGUUCACUACAAAAGACAUUGUUCCAAAGACUGAAUAAACUCACUCAGAAACCUU